AUGAAACUCGAUAUAGCCAAAGCUUACGAUAAGAUGGAGUGGCACUUUUUGGAGGGUAUGUUAGCAGCUAUGGGUUUUCAUCAAAACUGGAUACAGAUAGUAUUGAUGUGUGUUACCACGAUCCGGUAUAACAUUACGGUAAAUGGUGACUCAGUGGGUACUGUUAUCCCAACAAGGGGCAUCCGACAAGGUGAUCCCCUAUCGCCGUACUUAUUCAUUAUCUGCGCGGAAGGUCUCUCAGUUUUACUUCAGCAAGCAGAAUCUAGAGGGGAUAUUCACAGUAUUAAGGUUGCACGGGGUGCACCCUCGAUUUUGCAUCUCUUGUUUGCAGACGAUACCCUUCUUUUCUUCAAAUCUAGUCAAAGGGAAAGCCAGUUAGUGAAAGAUGUUCUGGAUUUAUACUGUGGUGCUUCAGGUCAAACCAUCCACUAUGAUAAAUCCAACAUCAUGUUCAGUCCUAGUACUCCAACCGAAAUGAGGGAUUCAGUAGCCACCUUGUUGAAUGUUCGAAUUUCUGACAAUCUGGGCAAGUACCUAGGCUUACCAUCGUUCUUGGGGCGCAAUAAGUCUGUCACCUUUAGAUUUCUGGAACAGAAACUAAAGGAAAGGUUGGAUUCAUGGUGUUAUAAAUUUAUAUCCAGAGUUGGGAAAGAUGUUUUGUUAAAAUGUGUUGCUCAGUCCCUCCCCAUCUUUACCAUGUCAGUCUACCUGCUCCCUAAGACCACUUGUGAUCGCAUUGAGAAAAUGAUGAACCGUUUUUGGUGGGAAAGUGGUGGAUCGGAUAAUCGGGGAAUUCAUUGGUAUUUCCCCUCUUCCAGUUUUCUAGAAACACAACUUGGCUCAAAUCCAAGUUACAUUUGGAGGAGCAUAUUGGCAGGGCAAUCUUUGUUGAGAGAGGGAGUUAUGAGACGUAUUGGAGAUGGAACAGAUUCGUUGAUUUGGGGUUGGCCGUGGCUUAUGGAUCCUGUAAAUCCAGGUUUAAAUACUCCAUGUAUUGAUAGUUUAGCUCAUGCAAAGGUGAGUGGUUUAUUUACCGAAGCUGGUACUUGGGAUGAGGAUGUGGUGAGAGACUUGUUUGUACCUUCUGAUGUUCCUAGAAUCCUAGCCACACCAGUAUCAUCUAAUGCUCGGGAUAUAUGGUGCUGGAAAGGUGAUAUUCGAGGCAUAUAUACAGUCCGCCAUGGUUAUAGACUACUAACAUCAGCCUCUAUCCAUGCAGAUCCGCGGCUGCAUUUCACUGAUUGGAAAAAGCUUUGGAAAUUGCCAGUCCCUCCAAAGGUGAAGAACUUUUUAUGGCAUUGUAUGCGAAAUAUCUUGCCAGUUCGUGAAAUACUACAAACUCAUCAUGUGUGGGCAGGUGGGGGAUGUCCUUUUUGUUCAUUUCACAUGGAAUCUAUGGAUCACCUAUUCGGUUCUUGCCCAAUGGCUGCUCAGGUUUGGCAUGGUUCUAAUAUUGCUGUUACUGAUAAUUUGGUGAUGUUCAUUAAUAAGGCUUUGCGCAGACCAAGUGUGAAGGAAACAGUGCAUGUUGUGGCCAACUUGUGGUUGCUUUGGAAUGACACUACUGUUGUGGAUGAUAAUUCGAGAGUUACUAGUUGGGCUCCUCCUUCGAUUCAUAACUUCAAAUGCAACGUCGAUGCUGCUGUCUUUGAGGAUGGCGCUGGGUUGGGCGCGAUUGUAAGGGAUCACGCAGGGAAAUUUAUCGCAGCUUAUAGUGCUCGUCUUGGUUGUGGUCGUGACCCAUACUUGCCUGAAGCUAUGGCGGUCAAGGAAGCGUUGUCGUGGCUCAAUUUACCAGACUUUUCAUAUGUGGGUUUAAUAGUUAAGCAAUGUCGUUGUAUUGCUAAUGAUAUUGGGAACGUGUCUGUUCACCAUGUUAGGAGCUGUGUGCAACAGCUUCCAGUUGCAAUAUACUCGACUUCAAUGGUAGAUAAUGAUAUAGAGUUCUACUUCUUGCUAAACCAAGAGACAAGAUUUUUCCCAAUGAAGAAACAUCCUCCUGAUGUGCUUUUUUAUGUCUUCUAG